ACAAAAAAAAAAAAAAAAAAAAAAAAAAAAAUCCAAUGGCAUCACUCUCCGUCGCCCCUCCUUUCCCGCCACCCACCCUCCUCCGUCGAGCCUCUUCGACGCGAGCCCAAGCCUCGACCCGACCCGACCCGGAACCCGCUUCUUCCUCGACAGGUUUGGCAUUCGCGGACGAGCGCACGCGGAGAAUAGCGAAGGAGCUGGAGAAGCUGAAGGCGAGAGAAGCGAGGGAGCGGAAGGAGAUGACGAACCGAAAGACAGCGUCGCAGAAAGCAGUGUCGGUGAUUCUGCGGCGAGAGGCCACGAAGGCCCACAUCGAUAAGAGUGGUGGCAGGAAGAAGGGACCCGUCAACUCCAAGAAGCUUCUUCCCCAAACCGUCCUUGAAGCGCUCCACGAGAGGGUCACGGCUCUGCGCUGGGAAUCCGCUCUCAAGGUUUUUGAACUACUGCGUGAACAGCUCUGGUAUAGACCUAACUCUGGUAUGUACAUCAAGUUAAUCGUCAUGCUUGGAAAAUGUAAGCAACCUGAGAAAGCUAAUCAACUCUUUCAAGCUAUGGUUGAUGAGGGUUGUGUUUUGGACUGUGAAUCAUACACUGCCUUGUUAUCUGCCUACAGCAGGAGUGGUCUCUUGGACAAAGCUUUCUCUCUUCUUGAGGAAAUGAAGAAUACGCCUGGUUGUCAGCCAGAUGUCCAGACUUAUUCAAUCCUCAUAAAGUCUUGCUUACAGGUUUUUGCCUUUGACAAAGUUCAGAGCCUUUUAUCUGACAUGGCCAAUAAUGGGAUCAAACCCAACACAAUUACCUACAACACCCUUAUUGAUGCUUAUGGGAAGGCAAGAAAGUUUUCAGAAAUGGAAUCUAUACUUGUGGCAAUGCUUGCUGACCAGUAUUGCCAACCCGAUGUAUGGACCAUGAAUUCAACACUGAGGGCAUUUGGCAACAUUGGACAAAUUGAAACAAUGGAGAAGUGUUAUGAUAAGUUCCAAACUGCUGGAAUCCAACCUAAUGUUCAGACCUUUAACAUUCUCAUGGAUUCCUAUGGCAAGGCUCAGGAUUACAAGAAAAUGAGUGCUGUGAUGGAAUACAUGCAGAAGUACCAUUACUCUUGGACAAUUGUGACUUUCAACAUUGUGAUUGAUGCUUUUGGGAAGGCUGGGGAUCUCAAACAGAUGGAGUACUUGUUUAGACUAAUGCGGUCGGAGAGAAUAAAACCUAGUUGUGUCACACUGUGCUCUCUUGUCAGGGCUUAUGCACAUGCAGGUAAACCUGAAAAAAUUGGUGGUGUCCUGCGUUUUGUUGAGAAUUCAGAUGUAUUACUGGACACUGUAUUCUUCAAUUGCUUGGUGGAUGCUUAUGGGAGGUUAGGAUGUUUUGCUGAGAUGAAGGGAGUGCUUGAGAUGAUGAAACAAAAUGGUUGUAAACCAGAUAUCAUUACUUAUAGAACCAUGAUUAAAGCUUAUACAAUCAAGGGCAUGGAUAGCCAUGCUAAGGAGCUCAGAGAGCUCCUACCAACAGUGAAUAGGCCUGCAUUUAAAAGGGAUAAGCCUGACUUUUGAUGAGAAAAUCUGCUGAUAUUUUUGGCUCCAAUUUGUUUGGUGCCAUUGAUCUGUUUAUUUGUGCAUUCUUGCAAUAUACGUAUUGCUUUCAAAACAGUUGUAUAAAAAGGGAUAAAUAUUAGCGACACAUUAUUUAAAAUAUGCUUUUCAGCAUACUAUUUUUCAAGUGUUU